AUGCCUUUUGCCUUGAACGCUACCACCCUAUCUAUGGACGCAGAACCUCCACUCCCCUUGCCAGCGUGGGUUCGGUCGGCGCUUCCCUCAUGCUUUGGGGUCCUCGGUUUCUUGCUUAGCUUCUUUACUGGUACUGCUGGAGCAUCAGGAAGUCCUCGUACCACAGAUAUCGGAUGGUGCGCUCGUUUCGUGGGCUGGAUUUGCUGCGCAUCUGUUCAGAACGCAGACGGUCACCAUGAGUCUGGCCGAACAGAUACCGGUAACCCACGUAUUUAUGUCACACUUCGAUUAAUUCACUUCUCACUGCCAGCAUCAUCAGCUGCUUCGCCCUCUGACCUAGACCCAGAUCCAGCAUUCUCAUACAAGUCCUAUGUGCUUCCAUUACAGUUGAAGGAGAAGGAGGAAACACGCCUUUCCGAAACGACACAAAUCGCGAGCUACCAUUUCGCCAAGAGUCUAAUUUCUACUACCUCACAGGAUGCUCUGUGCCUGGAUCGUUCUUUCUCGCUUUGUACAGCUCCAGGGUGCAUGAGACAGUCAUGCGCGUUGAUUGAGAAAGAGGCGGAGGUGGAGGAGAUCUUCGUUGUGUCGUGCCGGCGUGAAGGGGCCGUUCAUCAAGCAUAUCUCCCUAUCGUCGCUGCCUCCAGGAGAGCAGCUACGUUACACUACUGCUGUAAUGACCGAGAGUUCACUACUGAAGUACUGAUCCAGAGCAUCGCAAAUGGUGCGAUGUGAUGUUCAUCGAUGCGCUCACCUGAUGAAUCGUCAGCUUGAUUGGUUUGAAAGCAAUAUGAAGGAUUUCUGACUCAG